GACUGUAUAAAAGCACGUUAAGGGCAUUAGCUUUGUCAUCCAAGAUUUGUAUCUCUAAGAUAGCUACUUUUAUAAUACAUGAUGGAUUCAUCUUUGUAUCUUCACAUGUUCCUGAUGAUCUUCUGUUGCUUUAAUCUUAAUGUUUUGACUGACUCUUACUCUUCUGCGCAGCCACUAUGCCAUGAAGAUGAGAGAUCAGCCUUGCUGCAGUUCAAGCAUAGCUUCCACAUCAAGAAGUUUGCUUCUGGCGACCCUGCUGCUUAUCCGAAGACCGAGUCAUGGAAGCUCGACGGAAAUACUAGCGAUUGCUGCUCGUGGGAUAGCGUGGAGUGUGACCAUGACUCCGGUCGUGUGAUUGGUCUCGACCUCAGUAGCAGCUUCCUCUAUGGUUCAAUCAACUCCAACAGCAGCCUCUUCAGCCUUGUUCACCUUCAAAGGCUAAACCUUGCUGGCAACGACUUCAACUACUCUCAAGUUCCAACCGGAUUGGAAAUCAUUCCUUCAGAGUUCUCCUCUCUUCCGAAAUUGAUUUUCCUUGAUCUGUCUAGACAUGUUUACUCAUAUUCUACUAAAAGUCACUUGAAACUUGAAAAACCCAGUCUGAGGGACCUAGUUCAAAACCUAACCAACCUGAAAGUACUUGACCUCAGUGGGGUGAACUUAUCUUCUACAGUUUCAAGUGCUUUAUCAAAUAUGACCUCUCUAAGAUGUCUUAGUCUUAUUAAUUGUUUGCUGCACGGUGAAUUCCCAAUGGGCAUUUUUCAUCUACCAAACCUAUGGAUGUUACGCUUGACACUCAAUGAAAACCUCUUUGGUUAUCUUCCUGAAUUUUCACGCAGUAGUCAACUUGAGGAAUUGACGAUUGGGGGGACAAGUUUUUCCGGAAUGCUACCAAUUUUAAUUGGAAAUCUUGAGUCCUUAAAAAUAUUAGAAUUAGAAUACACGAAUUUGUAUGGGAUGCUUCCACCCUCGGUUGGCAAUCUGGCCCAGCUCACGUAUCUCGACGUACCCUACCCUUCAUACUUGGAAAGCUAUCAAAACUCACUGCACUGUACAUUACUGAACCCCAUCUUGGCUUCUGAAUCUCACCCGAAUUACCAGUCUAGACCUUUCAGGAAAUCAUUUAUACGACAUGUUCCAAGCUCAAUCUCUCAACUCAAGCACCUUGAAGUUCUUGAUCUUUCUUCGAACAGCUUGAGUGGUAAAGUUGAGGUAGACAUCUUUCAAAAUCUCCAAAACCUUACUCUAUUGAACUUGUCAGGAAACAAAUUGACAAUACUCGCAAGGAACAGUAGCAAUGCUACUUUUCCGAAAUUAAGUAGUAUAGGAUUGGCCUCAUGCAACUUGAAGGAGUUUCCUGAUUUCUUGCAGUUCCAGGAUGAAUUAGAAUUCCUUAAUUUGGCUAACAAGGGCCUUGUACCAACUUGGUUGUGGAACACGAGUAAAGAAACAAUGAGUGGUAUCGACCUUCAUGGAAACUUUCUUACAGGAAUUGAGCAGCAUCCAGAUGCCAUUCCAUGGAUAUCACUACGAUUCCUAGAUUUCAGUUUUAACUGGCUGCAAGGACCACUCCCACUUCCUCCACCGACUAUCAUUCUGCCAAAACAGUGCUCUUUUCGCACUUGA